AGUCAACUUGCACAACUACCACAGAAAGGUGAGUUGCUCUCUUGUGGCUUACACAGAGAAUUCUGAUAAACCAAAGCCUAUCAUACUAUGACCUUUUGCGUUCUUGUCUUAUAUCUCUUUAUUCUAGGUAUUUACUUUGUGUCCUUGAGCUCUCCAUCAAUCAAUCAUGCUGCGUUUGUUGCUGCUUCUUGCGGCCCUGUGUGCAGUUACCUAUGGUACGUUCUGUAUGCAUUUAAAUGGUGCAGGUGCAACGGGGCUGUGAAAUGUGUAGGGUAGUUUUUUUGCAAUGCAUUUAUACCAACACACAGUUAUCAAAGCAUCAUUCUUAGUGUACUUAGGAUUAGGUACAGGGCAUGUACAGUUAGUGUAAGGCCACUGUCUGUUUCGGACUCCUCUGCAUCCCUUCUCAGAAGGUUGCUACAUUUGUCAGGAGCGUUUACCAAAAAUAAUGCACCAGUGCACUUUUGGCCCUAGCCGAUCGGGUCCUCGUGUCUGUUGAAUGGCUCACUGAUUUUGAUGCACCUGCAUCAAUUUAUUUCAAACCAGGAGUACCCUUGCCCAGGAUUACUAUGGUCCAAUUCCCUGGUAGUAGGGCAAACUGUUUAGCAACACUUUGCCCCCUUACCUAGGUCCCCGCAUAAGUUGAAAGCCAUGGCUUGUACCAUUUAUUAGUUGAGAGUAUCAGCUGAUCGCCAUGGCUUUUACCAUUUAUUAGCUGAGUAUCAGCUGAUCGCUACGGCUUUUACCAUUUAUUAGCUUAGAGUAUCAGCUGACUGCUCUCAGCCAAUGAUUGACAUUCUAUACAAUGAAAGUUGCCCUGAAUUGACUUUAACCAGCCCAGAAUUCUUUGAUGCUCAAUGAUGCUGUCGGAGUUGGGAGUUACACCUUCAGCAGCAGAGGGUUAAAAUAAAUAUAUGCAGCAUUUCAUAGUGAAACGCUGCACAUACAGACUUCAGAUACAAUAACCACUUUAAAUCACUGAAAUGUUCAUGGUGCUUGGAAUUACCCAUUAUUUAAAAACUUAGAGGUGGCGGGUUCACUUUAUAAGAGAAUCAGGCUUAGUCCUCAUUUUGUUAAACUAAAGUAAAUAAAAAUUAGCACUUCUGACCUUAAAAUAUAUAUGUGAAUUUCUCUCCCUUUCAGGUCAAUGUCCCACCAUUCUCACUAAGUCCCAGUGGGGCGGACGUGCGGCCACUUGCAGAACCGCAAUGGCAACACCUGUCACCUAUGUGGUCGUCCACCACACUGAGGGAACAGCAUGUACCUCCCAGUCUGCCUGCAUCACACAGGCCAAAAGCGUCCAGAACUACCACAUGAAUUCCAAUGGCUGGUGUGAUGUUGGAUACAAGUAAGAUGGCAGAAUGUUGGGCAUUUGUAUUGUUUGUGCUUAUUUUAGAUGCACGUGUGGGCUAUGUAUAUUGUUUUUUUUAGUGCCAUUUCUUUUGGGUUUAGGUAUGGAUAAUAUGAUAAUGCAUAUUGUCUUUUGUCGGGGUUUGCUUUGGUUCAGAGGAUGUGAAAUGUAUGUUCUCUUUUUUGGUGGGGACUGUUUCUUGUGGAAUUCCUCUGAGUGUUUGUAUGGAAAGAUCUAGUGAAAUAGCCAUAAGGAGUAAAAAGGGGAAUCGGCAAUAGAUACUUUGUAACUCAGGUCUACAUUCUGUACCCACCGAGGCGGAAAUGGACAAACUCUGACACAGCAGCUGCUGUGAACUACAUUAACACUUUUCACACAGUAUAACCUUUAUAAAACCAAAAUGCAGAAUAGAUUACAAUUUAUUACAGCCAAGAUGUGCUUAGUUGAAGCCGAUCUGUCACCUUUUAUGCCUCCAUGUGCAUGAUACAUCCAUAUAACAUAUUCUUAAUCAUUAUCUAUAACCCCUUAAGGACACAUGACAUGUGUGACAUGUCAUGAUUCCCUUUUAUUCCAGAAGUUUGGUCCUUAAGGGGUUAAAGUCAUUUGUAUUUAUAUUUAGGCCACAUAAUGGCACAGGCUUAAUUACGGCAAUAAAUUAAUUUGACAUUAAGGUGUGUUUUUCAACUGGACACAUAUUCACCCAUCUUUUGUAUACAACAGCUUCCUGGUGGGCGAGGACGGAAACGUUUAUGAAGGACGUGGGUGGACAUCAGUUGGAGCACAUGCCCCAAAUUACAACUCUAACUCCAUCGGUAUCAGCGUAUUCGGAUCCUACACCAGUAAGUCAGGAAGAGAAAGUAGACUGUAUGUAGGUUGGGCACAUGGUGACAAUCAUGGGAUGGCCACCAAGGGGAUGAUGGAAAGAGAAAUAUAAUUUACAUUGCUUCUUACACUGAUAGGUGUGUUUAAUAUCAAGAUAGUAAUAGUAUUAGGUAGAAAAACAAACACAUCAUCGCUCUUAACCCCUUAAGGACCAAACGUCUGGAAUAAGGGGUCAAAGGGUCAUUCCAGUUACCUCCCUGCCCAUUUCAAUGUAGUAUGGAGAAGUGGCUGAACCCCUGCUACAAAGUACAUGUUUACGGUAUAUUAUUGUAACCACAGACACUGCUUUACUAAACUGUACAAAAGCAAUUAUUUGUCCACGGACCUUCUGGCUAUUUGUAAUUCAUGAAAGCAUAUAGUCCAUUGGAGACAGUAUAGGAUUUGUAAAUUUUCUAGUUUGUCUGUUCGUUAUUGCAGAGAGAAACUAGAAAUGUAGUGUCAUUCUGCAAGUGAUUAUUGAAGUGUGUGCAAAAAACAACAACACACAUCUGGUAUUUCAAAAACUGUUUGAGAAAAUGAUUAUUUAGUACCCAGUGUGUCCUUUUAAUGGUGCUUGAUCAAUAAAUUCUGGUAACUUUUUCAGGUAGAACCCCCAACACCGCUGCCCAGAAUGCAGUUAAAAACCUCAUCAGCUGUGGGGUCUCCAGAGGCUACAUUAAAUCCGCCUACAUCUUGAAAGGACAUCGCAAUGUGACCGCCACUGCCUGCCCUGGGAACACCUUCUACAGCACCGUAACAACCUGGCCACGCUUCCAGGCCUAAGUCCUUAGGAACCACUUUGGAAUUGAGACCUUGGCUGAGUGAAUCAUCAUGGACCAGGUUCCAUCGAUUUCAUGUCACAGCUGCUCUUACAUUUCCAACGUUCUAAAAUUUGUAGACAAGAAAAACAUCUAUUUUUCCUAUGCAGUUGUGUGUGAUUUUCUAAAAGAAAUUGAGGCGCAGUAUGUAGAGAAAAGGCGUUUUAGCUUUGCAGAAAUUGCUGUGAAUUUAUUAAUGACAAAACAAUAAAUAAUGGUCCAAAAACCAAAGGUUCUUUGUACAGUCUUUAUAAUCCAUUGUCUGUAGAUUGGGCUACGUCUCUCCCGAUGAACUAUCACUGCUAGGAUUGGAUCACCACAUUCAUGACUCCAAAUAUCGUAUGGCAGUUAUUAUGCAAGAAACGUCCACACACUUUCCUAACUAAACACCUGUUGUCUCACGGCUUACUCACUCAAGUGAGAUUUAAAGGAAACUUUAAAUUUAAACUAGCUGAACUGAACUGACUUGAAGAAUGUUUUUCCCGUUUGGCUAUUUUGAGUUUAAAUUUAAAACUCACUUUGAAUUCACCCUAUCCCAUACAGGACAUAUAUGUCUUCAUUUUAUAGCCCUCUUUUUUGUUUUUUUAUUUUAAUAUGUUUUAGCUCCGAGAAGCUAGGACAGGGGUUGUGAAGCUGAGCGAGUAGUAGUACUGACAUUCUCAUCCAUUCAGCAAUUCAUACUGAAUACAAUCCCCCUGUCUAUCCUGAGCUACAGAUCUCUUAUUGAAGAAACAGUUCUUCUUCACAAUAUAGUUCAAAGGUAAUGCCGCUACAGAAAAAAAACCCAAAAAAAAACACACCGAAAGUGCUGCACAGGGCUAUUCACUAAAAAUGUAUUUGGACACUCAAAGUGAAAUUCUACAUUUUGGUCAAUGUUGUGGACAAAAAUAUUAACCCAAAUUAUAUUAGUAAAAUGCCUAUUUACUCAACAUACCUACAAUCAGCAUUAUUCAACUUUCUAUGUGAUUACCUAAAAUGGCCGCUAGGGAGUUUCCCCUUUAACAUCAACUAACACCCUCAUUAACAAGAUGGCGCUGGAAUCUGGGGGAGACCUCCAAGAUACCAGUGACAUCACCCCCUGUAGGCAGAGCACUAGAUGAACCACUUAACACCUAACCGAUUAUUGAUGUAUUAUUCUAAUUUACUCUGUGACAAUGCAUAAGAUGUAAUUUUGCUUUAUAGGGGACAUGUUGUCCCCCUUGAAUAAACAUUCCUCAAGUUUUUCAUUAACCCGAAACUUGUGUCUGG